AUGUGUAUGACAAAUCUGAAUUCUGGUGGAAGAUUGCUGGUGGUUGCAGUGCUGUGUGUUUUCCUCAUCCACGCGGCGGACUGCGGCGGCGCUGGGGGAGGAGGAGCGGAAGUGCAAUGGCAGAUCCUCACGAAAUUGAACUACUCUUCCGCGAUUCGUCUCCAUCCUCACCUCCUCCUCCUCGUCACGGUUCCAUGGUCUGGCGAAUCGCGUUCUCUGAUGAAGGAAUUGGCUAAUGCAGUUGCAAAUGAUGAUGUGAGGUAUGGAGAUCUAAAGCUUAUGGUUUUAUACAAAAAUGGGGAGAGAGCAUUAGCUGAUGCCCUUGGUGCUACUGAUGAGAUAACAAUUUUUUACCAUCAUAAUUCCCUGUCUUAUAAAUACCGAGGUAGAUAUAGAGUGCAGAAUAUUUUAGCCUCUGUUCGAUAUGUUAUGUCAUCUUCACCAGAUGAGCUGCCUUUUAAAUCCUUAACAACACCAGAAGAGUUGAAGGACUUCCUUAAUUCAACUGAUAAGGCCGUAUUUCUCUUGGAAUUUUGUGGAUGGACUCCAAGAUUGCUCGGCAAGAACAUGACUCUGACUUUGGGAAAAGGUAGUCUCAGGGCUGGCUUCAACCAAAACAACAACGGACCACUUGUGGGAGAAGAGAAGGAUAAUGUAAAGGUAAAGAACAAUGGACCUCUUGCGGUGGAAGAUAAGGAUAAUAUAAAGGGUAUGGAAAGCGAAGAACUCAGUUGUGGUAUUGACAAUGGGUUUAGUGGAAUAUCUUUGACUGACCAGUUUACGUCAACAAAUAAUAGUCUUCUAAAGGAGACUGAAGACGCAAAAUUUACUAUUGGUGACCUCUGUAGUUUACAUGAGUUCGAACAAUUUGAAGUGUUCUUUGAUAAGUUAGCUACCGUUGCUAGAGAGUUCUUCUUACCCCCUGAAAGGAUUAAAUUUGCUGUUGUCCGUGAAAGCACGCUUUUGCCAUUGCUACAUAUUCAUGAACCAUUAUCUUGGUUGAUGACUCUACAUGUUAGUGGAUGUCCCAGUUGUUCAAAGAUUCUCAAAGAAGUUGAUGAUCUGAGAAGUGUCCUACAAACACGCUUCUCGCCUGUUUUAGAGGCAAAAGAUUCGGAGAUCACUUUACCUGCAAAGAGACCUGCACUGCUUCUUUUCGUUGAUAGGUCAUCAAACUCCAUGCAAAUAAGAAGAGAGAGUCAGGAAGCUCUUGAAGCUUUCAAAGAGCUAGCUCAACAUACUGAAGCAUUAAAACAGAUCCAUGGACAAGCUACUGUGAGACCUGACAGAACAUCAAGUGAAAGUAACGAGGGAUCAUCGAGUGCCCUCAAACAUCCAAGACUGCAGCCUUUCUCAUCAUCACAGAAGUUAAUUAUUCAGGAUAAAAUGUCUGUGAUGGUAAUGAAUGAUGGCCAACAAUUUACGCUAGAAAGUUUAGUUCCUGAUAUGCAAAGUAGCUCUAUGCAAGAGAUCUUAAACUACGUACUCAACCAAAAGAAAAGGCUAACAUUAAGUUCUCUAGCCAAGGAUAAAGGAUUUCAACUGUUAUCCAAGGAUUUUGAUGUUGAAGUUGAUGAAUCUGUUCCAUCACCUAGUGAAGAUCCGUCUAGUCAAGGUUUAGGAGAGCCUGUUGCAGGUGGCGAUAAAACUGUUGAUGAAGGUAAACAGCAGACAGAUCCUGUUAGUUCCCCUACAUUGCAUAGGGAGCUUCCCGAUUCUUCUGACUUUGAACAUCCCACAUUGGAUAGCCAAGAAGAAUCCUCCGAUGUUAAACUCCUUUCCUCUGUGGAACCUGAGCUUGCUCAAGAUAGUUUGAAUGAUGGCGAGACCAAAAACUCAGAAGUAGAAGAAAAUGAACAUCAGGGGUAUUAUAGUGGUUCAUUUUUUGUUUGUGACGGUCAAUAUGGAUUUCUUGAAACGCUAACUGGGGGAUUAAAGAUUCCAUCCAUUGUCAUGAUCGAUCCAAUUUCUCAGCAACACUAUGUUCUAGCUGAACAGUCAACAUUAAGCUAUUCUUCGCUAUCUGCAUUUGUUGAUGAUUUUCUAAAUGGAAGGCUUCAUCCGUAUAUAAAAUCAUCUGCCAUAGUUCCUACCUCUAGAGAUGGUAUGCGACCACCGUUUGUUAACCUCAAUUUUCGUGAGACAGAUUCUAUUCCUUUGAUUACACCUCGUACCUUCCCUGAGCUGGUACUCAAAAAUAAAUCCGACCUCAAGAAUUCUGACCACUUUCAAGACAGGAAUGUGUUGGUUCUUUUUAGCAAUAGUUGGUGUGGGUUUUGUCAGAGGAUGGAGCUUGUUGUUCGUGAAGUGUACAGAGCAGUUAAGACUUACACCAGCACAAAGAUAAAUAUUCCAAGGAAGGAUGAAUUGAUGCCGAGAGGCGAGUAUGUUGAAGAUGCUUCAUCGAAGCUCCCUCUUAUAUAUAUGAUGGAUUGCACACAAAACGACUGCAGCUCAAUUAUAAAAUCAUUCGGACAGAGGGAACUUUAUCCUCUACUGCUGCUAUUCCCAAAAGACAGGAAGAACAAUGCCGUGCCCUAUGAAGGAGAUAUUGCAGUAACCGAUAUCAUCAAGUUUCUGGCUGCUCAUGGGAGCCAUGCGCUCGAUCUCAUCAUGGAUAAAAAUUUACAACAGGACGAGAAUUCGGUCGAACAAAGCACACAUAUCGGAGCUUCGCACCACCAAGUUCUCCUGAAAGAAAGAUUGGAAAACAAGUACCAAAUUAACGCUCAACUUCCCGUCAGCCUACACGAACGGCCGCAGCUAUUCCCCGGCCACAUUCUCACUGCAUCAGAGAAGCUUCAGGAUGCUCAUCCGUUCGAUUAUUCCAAAAUAUUAAUAUUUAAAGCGGACCAAACCGCCGGGUUCCAAGGUCUGAUCUUUAACAAACACAUAAGUUGGGACUCCACCGAAGAGUUUGUACAAGGAUACGAACUAUUAAAGGAGGCCCCCCUAUCCUUCGGGGGCCCGGUCGUGCAGCGUGGAGUGCCUUUAGUGGCAUUAACACGGAGAUUUAUCGAAGGCCAGUCGGUGGAAGUUUUACCAAAUGUGUACUUCCUCGAUCAGUCUGUAAUUGACGACGUAGUCGAAGAAAUUAGAGGCGGGAAACUAUCUGCGCUCGAUUAUUGGUUCUUUCUUGGGUAUUCGAGCUGGGGAUGGGAACAGAUGUUUCUUGAGAUUUCUCAGGGUGCUUGGAAUGUGAGUCAAGGGAGUAUUGAACUGUUGGAGUGGCCGUCGUGAUUAACGAUAGCGUUGCGUUGUUUUCGGUUCCGUCAGUUGCUGUCGCCAUUGCCGAUUUAUUAUUUUAGCUUAUGGGUAAAGAUGUCGGCCUUUGGAGGGAUCUUUCUUUAUAUUUGGACGACGUGGAGCGCUCGAAAAAGGUAUGCAAUUUGAACU